CCAUGAGGGCCUUAUCUGUGGGGGAUCAGAGGCAAAAACCUCAGCUGCUCUGUCGUUCAUCUCCUUUCCUUUUAGGUUGAGUUUUCCGGUUGUGCUCAGUCCAACCCAAGAACGAGAGGAGCUUGGAGCAUCUCCUGGACAUGGCGAAUUCUAUAUGCUUCGCUCCGGCUUGUUCUGUCAAGCCUCCACCCAGAGUGGGAGCGGUGAUUGGUAGCUCGGUUGCUGGGAAAGUUCUCCGAGUGAAUGAAGCGUGUAUUGGGACUAAAGUUGCAAGAUUUCGGUCUGUGGAAGUUAAGGCUGCAGAGGAUAGUCAAGGCACCAAACCCCGAAGCAUUGUUUGUGGUAAUUGUGAUGGAAAUGGUGCAGUGCAGUGUUCCCAAUGUGAAGGGACUGGAGUAAACUCUGUAGACCACUUCAACGGACAGUUUAAAGCGGGCGGGAUAUGUUGGCUUUGCAGAGGCAAAAAGGAGAUGUUGUGCGGGGACUGCAAUGGAGCCGGCUUCCUCGGUGGAUUCAUGAGCACAUUUGACGAAUGAAUUUCUCCUUUUGCCUAAAUUUCAUUAUUUUCAGUAAUGCGCAUUAGCCUCUAGUACAAUCGUCCUUCAUAAGGAUAGUAUGCAAUGUGCUGUUUUUGAAGUCCCAAUGAGAAGGAUGAAGUCCGUUCCGUAUCGAGUACAUUCAGUUCUUUAGUGUUCUCUCUGAUAAAUUUAUAUGGAAGCGGUUUUGAUGUA